AUGGCGAGGUCAUCCAAGAAGAAGUCGCAGCAGCUGAAGCAGAAGCCGGUGUCGGCGUGGCAGUUCCUCUUCCGCGGCUGCCUGGGCGGUGUCGUCGGCAGCGCCGCUGCGGGGAGCAGGCGGAACAAGGUCCAGCCGCGGACGACGCCGAAGCACGGGCGGGCGCCGUCCCCCGCCCCGUCGUCGUUCCCGUCCCCGUCACCGGCGACGGGGCUGCAGCACCAGCGCCUGUCUCUAACAGACGUGAUGAGCACGGCGUCGGACCAGGACCUGUCGGUGUCGCUGGUGGGGUCGAACCUGCAGUUGCCCUGGGCCCUUGGUUUGCUUGCGGCGGUGGUUUCUGAGUUCCCGCCCGUUCUGUCGUGGGCAACGCGUCUCAACAUCGCGGUGGGCGCCGCCAAGGGCCUCGCCUUCCUUCACGGCCACGAGAAACCCGUCAUCUACCGCGACUUCAAGACAUCCAACAUCUUGCUCGACCCGGACUACGAGGCGAAGCUGUCGGACUUUGGGCUGGCGAAGGACGGGCCGGAGGGGGACGACACCCACGUGUCGACCCGGGUGAUGGGCACCCACGGGUACGCGGCGCCGGAGUACAUCCUGACGGGUCACCUCACGGCGAAGAGCGACGUGUACAGCUUCGGCGUGGUGCUGCUGGAGACCCUGUCGGGGCGCCGCGCCGUGGACAAGGCCCGCCCCAGCCGGGAGCAGCACCUGGUGGAGCACAUGCGCGGGUGGCUCAAGGACCCGCACAAGCUGGCCCGGGUCAUGGACCCGGCCCUGGAGGGCAAGUACCCCGCCGCGGCCGCGCACAGGGCGGCGCUGGUGGCGUACCAGUGCCUCAGCGGCAGCCCCAAGAACCGGCCGGACAUGUCCCGCGUCGUCCAGGACCUGGAGCCGCUGCUCACGGUCACCGACGACGAGGCGGUGGUGUACGUGGCGCCGGCGCGGGACGAGGCGAGGAAGGAGAGGUCGACAACAAGGAGAAGCGGCGACGGCGGCGGCGGCGGCGACCAGAGAGACAAGGCGCGGCGGCAGGAUAAAGCGGCGGCGGCCAGGUCGCCGAACCCGAAGAGCGCGGUCAGGAGGCGGGCUCCGGGCCACAGCGAGGAGUUCUGGGAGUGGCACAUGCCUACUGGACAGGGAAAAGCGUAG